GGGGAGCAUGUGAAAUUGUGGAAAUAUUUGAAAUGGCGGCGAUGGUGACUUAUCGAGAUAUUUUGUAGAUACCGCGUUUUGUAUGAUGCGCUGGCGCCCGGAGAUCAUCGCUGUUUUUCGGAUCCCGAAACGGGUGUCGUUCGGGGAGUGCUAGGAAUGCUUACCCGAUCCUCGGUUUAAGCUUACACAAAGACCGAAACGCUGUCUUGUAACCUUCAUUUUGCAACCGUGAUAAUCGCACAUUCUCUUCAGUUCUUGAAAGUGGCAUUUGUCACUUACACAAAAAAAUGACACAAAUACAGACCUCCAGCGAUCCAGAGACUCUCCAUCUCCCCCGCAUUCUCUGCCUUCACGGCGGCGGCGUCAAUGCACAAGUCUUCGAACUACAAUGCCGCGCUCUCAUCAGAAGUCUUGCCUCAUCUCUGCGUCUAGUCUUCAUGCAAGCACCCUUCAUCUCAGCGCCUCACCCCGACAUAGUCAGCGUCUACGGUGAAUACGGCCCUUUUCGGCGCUGGCUCCGCUGGCAGCCCGACCAUCCCGAGAUUGAAGCAGAGGCCGCCGCAGAGCUACUCCGGAACCAGACCCGCAGGGCUAUGGACACCGACCCCGGCACCGGAGAGUGGAUCGGCAUUCUUGGGUUUUCGCAGGGUGCUAAGAUUGCGGCGAGUUUGUUGUGGACGCAGCAGAAAGUUACGGAGCAGUUUGGUGCGCAAGAGGCGCUGACGCAGUUCAAGUUUGGUGUUCUCAUGGCUGGGAGAGCGCCCUUGAUUACGCUGGAUGCUCGACUGCAGCAUCCUCCGGCGGUUGUUGAUGCGGCGCUGUUGAGCUCUGAGUUUAAGGACUUCCCUGAGUCGAAUGUUGGCGACCAUGUUUUGACCAUACCCACACUACACGUCCACGGACUUCGAGACCCUGGACUUGAACAGCAUCAGAUUUUACUGAAGACUUAUUGCGCAACUGGUACGACGACUCUUGUUGAGUGGGACGGUGGACAUCGGAUACCGAUCAAGAGCCAUGAUGUCGACGCCGUGACAACAGAGAUCAUGAAGUUGGCAAAGAACGCGGGCGUGAAGCUGCCCAAUUAGAGUCUCCUUUUGUAGAGUUCCUUUCUUUAAAUUGAAGGAAGGAUCUAUGAUUCACUAGAAUACUUAUAGAUGUCUGACGGAUAGUACACCCGGAGGUAUACGAAAGAGAGUCAAAUCAGCCUGUUCAUAGAUGAUGUUCUGUGUUGUAAAGCAACAAUUUCAGGUCCAUAUAACUACCCUGAUUCCCUCUAUUCAAUUCUGAAACUGUUAACUUUUAAACAUCUAAUGUUGCCUAGAUAGUGGUCCCUCCUUGGUUCUUUAGGCCUGCUGUAGGUAGUAGUGCACGGAAAGCUGUAUACCAAGAAACAAUUUUCGGGUUUAAUGAUUGUGAUC